AUGAUCCAAAUCUGGAACUCGGCUGCGUGCGCACCCACCGUCUUUUUUCGAGCUACCUGGCCCCUUGUCGCGCGAUACCUCACUCGGGCAUCUAAACCUGACCUGCAAAUUUCGCCAUGGCAUUUAGCCCUCGACGUGAUGGCCGCCGAGGCCGCAGAGAGCUUGAGCUUGGAGCAGCUCGACGAGGAACUGCAGACCUGCUCCAUCGUGCAGCACCUCAGCGCCGCCAAGCAGGCGCACCACGACGCCCAGCCCUCGUCGCUGACGACGCGCCUCUUUGCCGUCCUCUUCCCCGGCUCGCCCGCCGUCAACGCCCUCCUCGCGACGCUCUACAUCUCGGGCCCGCCCAACUUCCUGCUGGCCCUCUGCCCGACCAACAUUGACCCGGCCUCGCUGUCCGUCAUGGUGGCCUUUGCCGUCGGCGGCCUGCUCGGCGACACGCUCUUCCACCUGCUGCCCGAGAUCUUUGUCGGCGAGGACGACCCUGAGCGCGCCAAGUUUGUGCUCGUCGAGCCGAACCGCAACCUGGUGCUCGGCCUGGCCAUCAUGGUCGGCUUCAUGGUGUUUGUGGCCAUGGACAAGGGCCUGCGCAUCGCGACGGCGGGCAGCGCGGGCGGUCACUCCCACAGCCACUCGCAUGUGCUGGAGCUGGACGAGGGUGCGGCGGCGACGGGCGUGGAUGCUGCUGGUGGAAGCGUCAAGUCCCGCAAGGGUAAAAAGGGGGCCAAGGAGGUUGCCAUUGUCGAGGAGAAGAAGGAGAUUAACCCGAGCGUCAAGCUCGGCGGCUACCUGAACCUCAUCGCCGACUUCACCCACAACAUCACCGACGGCCUGGCCAUGUCCGCCAGCUUCUAUGCCUCGCCAACCAUUGGCGCCACCACCACCGUCGCCGUCUUCUUCCACGAGAUUCCCCACGAGGUCGGUGAUUUCGCCCUGCUCGUCCAGUCCGGCUUCUCCAAGCGUGCCGCCAUGGGCUCGCAGUUCAUCACCGCCAUCGGUGCCUUUCUCGGCACCCUCAUCGGCAUUGCCGUGCAGGAGUUUGGAGGCCCCGGCGUGGAGGAGACGAUGGGCAUGCCCCGAAACGCUGGCCUCUGGGGAACCAGCCUUACUUGGGGCGAUAUGCUGCUUCCGUUUACGGCCGGCACUUUUCUCUACGUAGGCACCGUGGCUGUCAUUCCCGAACUGCUCGAGACGGGCCCCAACAAGAUGCAGGAGCUGCGAAAGACGCUCACGCAAUUUGCGGCGGUCGCCUUGGGCGCUGGCAUCAUGCUCUACAUUUCGUGGCAUGAGUAA